AGGAAAGAAACCAUGCUGCAGCAUCCAACGAGCGAUUACUACGAGCUAUCGGUGGCCACCAAACAGACGCCCCCAACUUUUAGCCCACAAGGCGGCGGUGUUGGUGGUGGAGGAGGUGGUGGUGGAACGGGAGCAUUAGUGAUUAACAGCAAUAACAACAACAACAACAGCAAUAGUGUGAAUAACAACAACAACAACAGCAGCGCCCCGAGCGACGCUGAUCUGGAGCUGAUUGCGCAGAAUGGUACGAGCGUCGGGUCGGCAGCGGAUCGAGAAUCGUUGCCAAGCUUCGGCUUCACCCAGGAGCAGGUGGCAUGCGUUUGCGAGGUUCUACAGCAGGCAGGGAAUGUAGAGCGAUUGGGACGAUUUCUCUGGUCCCUGCCACAGUGUGAUAAGCUACAGCUGCACGAAUCUGUCCUGAAGGCGAAGGCGGUAGUCGCGUUUCAUCGCGGCAACUUCAAGGAGCUGUACCGUCUGCUCGAACACCACCAAUACUCACCGCACAACCAUGCCAAACUACAGGCCCUAUGGCUUAAAGCACACUACGUCGAGGCGGAAAAGCUUCGUGGACGACCAUUGGGAGCGGUCGGUAAAUAUCGCGUACGGCGCAAAUUCCCACUGCCUCGCACAAUCUGGGACGGAGAGGAAACGAGCUACUGUUUUAAGGAAAAAUCAAGAUCGGUCCUGCGCGAUUGGUACACGCAUAAUCCUUACCCAUCGCCGAGAGAAAAGCGAGAGCUGGCCGAAGCAACCGGAUUAACGACGACGCAGGUUUCGAAUUGGUUCAAAAAUCGACGACAGCGCGAUCGGGCAGCUGAGCACAAAGACACUGGAGAAUCGGACAAACAGCAUCUAGACUCGUCAAGUGAUUCCGACAUGGAGGGACCAAGUUUGGCUUCGAUGACCUCCGGCAAUGGUGUCGGUGGUCCAGGUGGUGUGCUUCAUGCAACUUCCGGCGGUGGAAUCCAUCUCGGAACGAGCGGCGGUACCCUUACGUCUAACACGGCCGGUACAGGAGUCACCGGUGGUGUGCUGGGCGGUUCAACUGGUCCCGGUGGUCCUGGCGGUGGAGUUGGGCUUGGUUCCGGAUCUCUAGAACAUCAUCAGCAUCAGCACAGUGGUCACACGCAUCCACACGCACACCAUCAAGGGUCGGCUCAUGCGCACACCCCAGGAGGAGGAGGACAGCAGCAGCAGCAGCAGCAGCAGCAACAGCAAGGACAAGGACAAGCGCAUUCCCAUGCACACCACAACCAUCAGCAACAGCAGCAGCAACAGCAGCAACAGCAACAACACUUACACCAUCACCACCAUCAUCACCAUCAACCACAACCACUCGGUACGCGGAACGGCAACCUGAUGAACAUUGGAACCGGUGUCGGCAGUAAAUCUGGCACAUCGAUCGGAUCGCUCUCGGCAGCCGCUGCCUAUUCCCACUUUCACAACGUCAUGGGUUCGAUGCCACUGUACGAUAUCGGUGAUUAUCAGCACUUAUGAUUUUAA